AUGAAGAAAGGAGGGUCUGCCAUGUUGAAGCAGAUAAUGGGUUUGCUGAGUUCGAUUGCUAAAGCUAAAUCCAUGGCAAUCAAGAGCAAGACAAGUGCUUUCAAAGUUCGUCUGAUCAUGUUUUCGCUGAUGAAGAACAAGAAGCUUUUGCUGGGUUCCAUAUCUAACAAGAUCCACGGCCUCCUAGGCCAGCAUGACAAGGAGGAAAAUGGCCAUAAACAAGACGACGCAGACGCAAGCAAGGAUAUUAUCGUCCACAAUGCCAUGGCCACUGAGGAGGAAGAAGAAGAAGACGACAAGUAUCCGGAUCUGACUCACUCGCUUUUCAAUGAAGAUGAUGAAAUGGACUUGGAUGAUGAGCAGCAAGGUGGAUCCAUCAUUGAUCUGGUAAGAAACUCGAAAGAGGAAGGAGAAGAUUUCAGGUUAGAAGAUGAGAUCGAUCAUGUUGCAGACUUGUUUAUCACUAGGUUUUAUAAACAGAUGCGGCUGCAAAAGCUUUUGUCAUUCAAGAGGCAUCAAGAACAAGAAGCCUUCGGGGGAAAAACCUGA